CGACGACGACAUUUCCCGUCAUGCACUGGACACGUUGCCAUAGCGCCACGUUGGUUUACCAACAAGCAUGGCGAACAGCCCGUCUCGUGUCUUUGCUGCAGUUUCACCGAGUGCUGGUGAUGUUUACCGAGACGAAAACGAAUCGGUGUUUAACCGGGGCCGCAAGCAAACACCCUUACACACUCAAAGCAACGCAAGAGUGGUUCAGAUGACGGGCUGUGCGGAGUUAUCGUGUCCUCCGGACCGCGCCACCGUCACCAUCAGCGUCAAAAACAGUAAAGAACAUGUUAACGACGUGACUAACAGCGUUACCCGAAGACUGGAGUACAUACUACAGACUGCGAGACAGCAUGAUGUCAAGGAAGAAAACAUCACUGUGACCAAGCAUUUACAAAGAGAGGAAGAGCUCUUCCACAUGCGAGCUGAGGUGCUUGUGGUGUUUUCAGACUUUGAGAAGAUGCAACAAGCACGCUCAGUUUUGAUUGAAAAACUCGACAAAAGCGUGUGUGUUGGUGACCCUUACUACAGUCACAGCGCUGAAAGUCUGAAUUUGUUAAGACGGCGAGUAUGUUUGGAAGCUGUGGACAACGCCCGGCUAAAAGCCAGCGAGGCGUGUUGCAUUCUGGGACAAGCUCUGGGACGGCCGCUGCUUGUACGUGAGGAGGAAUCACGAGAGUGGACCAGCGGCCAGCAUGAAGUGACUGACUCUCCUCCAACACUACAUCAGAAGACUGGGGUUACAUUAGUCUCUGCCUCUUCACGUGUAUUUGUGGCCUUUGAAUUGCGACCAAUGGACAGCAACAGGAGGAAAUGAGUUAAAGUUUCUGUUUAGCAAUAUUCAUAGUACAUGUUAUUUCAUUUAUUUGCUGUUUUAACCUGUAAACACAUAGUCCUGUUAAGUGAGCACCAUAGAUAUUCACAAAAGGGCCUAAAAAUAAAGAUACCACUUGUUCCUACUGGUUUUUAACCAAAUUCCAGAAUAUAUUAAAUAGCACUGUGUGAAACUCAAAAGAUCAUGCUAAAAUUUGUUCCAAACAUUGAUAGAAAUCAAGGCUAAAUUCUCAAAGUUUAACGAAUGUGUUAGAUGAGCCUGUGUUUGAAUAGGGAAUACAUGUACUGUAUAUUGUUGCAUGAAUGUGUCUAGACUUGCACACGUUCAUUUCUGACAACAGCAUAUGGGCUACACAUGUGCUAGAUAACUAGAAAGAUCUUACUCACUGCCUCUAACAUGAUUUGUCUUUAAAGUUAAACUCGCACUGGAUUUCGAGGGGGAAAGUAAAAUAGUGUGAAAUAAGCUACUUGUUUCUGUGAUGCUCCACCCAUCUUUAUAUUCUCUUAUACUUGCUUUGUCAGAUGAUCUAGCUUCAUGGCACUAAACAAGACAUUCAUAUCUUGCCUCCUUUAAUAUAUAUAGGUGAGUGUUUACCACCUGCCCUGGUAAUAGAUGUCAAUUCUUGCAUGACCUACAAACAGAUUCAUUUAGGCUUUGUGAAAAUCUAUUAGGAGGAAGUGACAGGAAAACCACUAGGGUUUGACGCAGUAACUAACUUUUCUUGAUAGGUGAGGAAAUAAGCUAAAAGCAAAGAGGACUGUAUAGAGAGAAGAGCCUGCAGAUUGUAAACAAUAAUAGCGCAA